UAAAACAUAUAUGCUGUAGUAAUAAUUAUCAUUUUUCAAUGUUUGUACCAAAUUCUUGUUAAUUUCAGUGUUUCUUUUUAUUUCUUCGACGGCUCACUUUAGCAGGAACAAUUCUCUGCAUGGUGGUCUUCGCCAACAUCAAGAGCACCUGAAUCCCGAUUAUGGAGUCCUGCGCUUUCUUCAGAGCCCUAAAACCUUUCAAUUUGAAGCUCACAAACUCCGUUCGAUGCUCUUCCAUGUCCCCCACUACUAUUCACACAGGUGGAAGAAAGUUGAUUAAGAGAGCAUAUGAUGGACUGUUGUUGGACGCUGGUGGUACCCUUUUGCAGUUGGCGAAUCCCGUCGAGGAGACCUACGCAGCAAUUGGGAAAAAUUACGGUCUGAGUACGACUUCAGCUGAAAUCAAGCAAGGGUUUAAAAGAGCUUUUGCAGCUCCAUGGCCAGAGAAGCUCCGCUACCAGGGAGAUGGAAAGACGUUUUGGAAACUUGUGGUUUCUGAAGCCACUGGUUGUGCUGAUGAGCAUUAUUUUGAAGAAGUAUAUGAGUACUAUGCGAAAGGUGAUGCAUGGUCUCUUCCAACUGGAGCCUACGAAACAAUAUUAAUUCUGAAAGAUGCUGGAGUUAAAUUGGCUGUAGUGUCCAACUUUGAUACUCGCUUGAGAAAGCUAUUGAAGGACCUCAAUGUUUUAGAUCUGUUUGAUGCUGUUAUCAUAUCUUCAGAAGUUGGAUAUGAAAAACCAGAUGAGCAGAUAUUUAAAGCUGCUUUAGAUCAUAUUUGUGUGGAGGCUAGCAAGGCAGUACACGUUGGAGAUGAUCAGAAGGCUGAUAAAGCAGGGGCCAAUGCUGUUGGGAUUGACUGCUGGAUGUGGGGAACAGAAGUUAAGACAUUCUCAGAUAUAAGAGAUCGCAUCCUUCUUUCAGAGCCGUAGCUUUCAAGGAUGCAGUUUUGUCACUGAAUUUUUUUAAUGUGAAUCGGUUGCUUGUGUGUAGAAAAUGGGCAAGUUGGGGAUUGGAAAAAAGGCUCAAAGCUGGGCUCCCAAGGACAAUGGGGGAGCAACUCAACCGCUGGGCUACGAGGAAAUUAGCGUGGAUUAAAUGUUCAAAGAUGCUUGAAUGACUUGAAUUUUGCAUUUAUUUAGGUUUGGCUGCAGCUGAUGUAAUGAACACCAGUUACACCACUGUGUUGAGCAAAUUAUGUUCGAAUUCGAUGCUCCUAAACAUGGACUCGGUUAGUCGGUUAUUAUUGAAAAUGAUUUGAUUGAAUGGAAUUCCAUGGAGGUGGUUCUUCACAAA